AUGGCGGAGGAGAAGCCGCCGCAGCUCAGCAUAGAGCCCGUGUCACGGCCGCUGGAUCUGAUACCCGUCGUCAUCAAAGAAGCCGCCCUCGACUCGCCCACCUUCCGCGCGACUGCCGUCCACUACGGCGACCAGAUCGAACUGAUAGAGCGAUGGCUCCACUCCUUCAUCAGCGCAACCUCGACGCUUGCCGCAGAGUGCAACAAGAUGCAGGGGCUCGUGGACACGUACAUACAGACCUCGCACCCGCCGCUGCAGCUCUCCGAAGCCGUCGUCGACCACGACUACACCGUCCUGGCCCUGAAGCGAUUCGGCGAGGGCGCCCGCGAGUUCUGGAACGGCACGCUGCGCAGCAUGAAGAGGGCCGAGGCGACCAUGUGCGAACCCAUGCGGGCCUUUGUGUCCAACGACCUGCGCAUGCUGAAGGAGGCGCGCAAGAACCUCGACUCGACACAGCGCACCUUUGACGGAGCCAUUGCGCGGUACGCAGGCCAGAUCAAGACGAAGGAGGCGUCCUCGCUGAGAGAAGACGCCUUCCAGUUGCACGAGGCGCGACGGGCAUACCUCCAGGCCAGCAUGAACUUCUGCGUCUUGGCACCCCAAGUGCGCCUGACACUGGACAAGAUACUCGUCAAGGUGGUCAACGAGCAGUGGCGCGACAUGAAGGCGGCAACAGAUGCGUCCAACAAGGGCUUCAACAUGUGGACCUCCGACGUCGAGCGCGUGCGGGGCUGGAGUAAGGAGAUGGAGAACGGCGAGCGUGUCUUCAAGCGGGAGCUCCAUCUAGCACGCCAGCAGAUCGAGGGCGCCGCCGAAGUUAGCGCAAGACCAUCGCGAGAGCUGGACACCUACGCCGCUUCGACCGUCCCAUACCUUGGCGCUGCGCCUUCGUCAGCGAACCUACAAUCCCCGGCGAAGCCUGAGUUCGGCAGCGACAAGGCGGAAAAGCAGGGCUGGCUGUUCCAGCGCACAAUCACCGGUAAGCCGGCCAGGACCUACUGGGUCAGGCGCUGGUUCUUCGUCAAGAACGGGAUCUUCGGCUGGCUGACACAGGGCACGCGGUCCGGCGCCGUGGAAGAAUCAGAGAAGAUCGGCGUCCUGCUCUGCGGUAUUCGACCAGCCUUUGCUGAGGAGCGACGCUUCUGUUUCGAAGUCAAGACGAAAGACACCACAAUCCUUCUACAGGCCGAGACGCAGAACGAUAUCACUGAGUGGAUCUCUUCCUUUGAGGUCGCCAAGCGCAAAGCACUUGAAGAUACAUCAAAGGAUCUGUCGGGAGCUGCCUCUGUCGACGCCGCUUUCUCUAUAAGCCCUCCUGUGGCCCCUGAGUUCGCUGCAAAGACCUCCGAGGGACAAGCCGGCCAGCCUGGUGAAGACACCGUCAGCAUGGACCGUACCGAAUCGCUCGGCGUUCCUGGUGCUGACAGCAAUGCGACACGCGGUAGCUUCGAUGUGUCGGCUCGACGUGGCACAACAACUGAAGGCGACAGCAGCCGCCGCGAUCACACUGCCAGAAUCAUGGAGAAGCUCGACUUGACAAGGAAAUCAACAGUAAGCCCUCAGCUGAGUGGAAGCAACCCCUCUUCCGCCAGCGGUGGCAUUGCUAGUCUUAUCUCCGCAAGUCUUGCUUCAGCUAGUCAUAACAUUGUACAGGUCGGACAGAUUGCGGCGCCUGCACCUGGCCUCCCUGAUACUCGGCUUGUCAUGGGCCAGACACUUCCAUAUACCAGUCUUGCGCCUUCCACCCUUGCGAGCCCGCCGGCUCCGACCAACCUUAGCAAAGCCGCUGUCGCUGUAAGCGGAGAGCGAGGUCUCGGGACAGGUCGCUCAGGUAACAUGCCUGGUGGGCUCAUGGCUAACCUCUGGGGCUCGGUCAACUGGGGAUAUGUCAACGUCCUUGGGCGCGAAGAUGAGACCAACACGCGCGACCGCAGUCAGUCUGGACCUCCGAGUCCUAUUAACCCAUCUCCUGUCCUUGGACCCAGCGAUGAGAAGAAUGGAACACCUCCUGUUCCUACCGGUGCUGUUCAUCGCAAGUCGAGCAGUAUGGGCGGACCCAUUCCAAUACUCACUAAGACCAACCACGACGAGGUCGACUUCCCUAACUACUACCCACUCGCUCUCCGGAUGCAAGACGCUCAGUUCCGGAUCUUGUUCCCCACCGUGCCACGCUCGGAGAAAGUCGUGCUGGUUUUCAGAGCUGUAUGGAAUCCGACAGAUCAACAAGAGUUCCCCGGGCGCGUGUACGUCACAACUAAGAACAUAUACUUCUACAGCAAUCACCUGGGUCUUGUACUUAUCACGGGAAUAAGCAUGUCUUCUAUCGAUGAAGUCACUGCUGCUCCCGGCAAGGACUGCGACUUUCUUUUCCUCCAUUUCAAGUCAGGCGCAAGGGAGGAUGGCGCUACUAGGCUCACUGUGAAGACGUUCCUCGAGCCUCUGAAAUUGCUCUUGCGUCGACUGAAUUUCCUCGUACGCAAUACUGCCUCUGGAGAGCACAACCUCGAAGAAACGAUGAAGAGAAUGAUCAGGAUGGAGACGGAUGAAAGCCUCAAUGCCCCUGGUGAGGAGGGUUGGGAGGAAAUCUCUCCAGACACGCCUGUUGAUACAGGCUAUGGCGGGAAGAACAUCAAGACCAGCCUGCGCAUUGAUGGUAAUCUGUUCGGACCAUCCGGCGCAAGUGCCGCGAAGAACGCAACCAAGUUCAAACUACCGUCGCAAGCUGUAGUCUUUGCUCCAGCUGGCAUGACGCAGGUUGCCGUGGAGAAGGAGUACGACAUCAGCGCAAAAGGCCUAUUCCACAUACUCUUCGGUGACAAGAGUGCAGUGUUCCAGCUACUGUAUCGAGAACGGAGAGCAUCCCGCAUCGUCCAAGGGCCGUGGAUCACUAGCGAUAAAAAUCUUCAGCGACGAGAUUUCGAGUACGAAAUUGCACAGCCUGGUAAGAACGGAGCUGUUGUCAUAAACGACUACCAGGUCAUCGAAGUCCUCAACGACCAUCUUUGUUACGUGGUCUCGGAUCGCAAGACACCCUGGUACCUGCCAGGCCACGAUCGAUUUGUGCUUCUUAGCAAAACAGUCAUCACACAUGUGUCCAAGGCGCGAUGUAAGCUUGCUAUCCACACAAAGGUGGACUGGAAGCGCAACCCACGUUUUGCGAGGAAACUUAUCGAACGCCAAGCCCUGCAAGACCUGGAGCUUGAGGCGCAAGAUCUUGUUGAUGUCGUCAAUGAUCAAGUCGCCAGGCUCGGCCACAACAGAAGCACGAACAAGGUCACAAAUAUCUUUGGCCAGAUCGGCGCCCAAACACAAGCUGUACAGCUCGACGCGCAGGAUAUACCACCGCCGAACCGACCUCGGAAGUUCAAAUUACGCCCGCAGACGACCGCAUCUUUUGUCGCGCAAUACAUAGGGAACAUCAUUAUAAGUGUGGUGUCAACAGUCAUGAGCUGGAUAUUGGCGAUCGUAGCCGGUCUUGGCAAAGUUAUCUCAGCACACACAUUGCUCUUUGGCCUUUUGCUAGUCAGCGGUGGAGCCAACUUCUUCUAUACUUCCAGGGACAGUUGGAGCUGGUGGCACGAGCGAAAUGCCGCUAAUUACAUGUCGCGAUUGGGUGUCAAGCCAUCGACUACGAUGACCCGCUCGAUCUACAUUCGCGAUAUCGAGGAGUCGUUCUUGAACCGGAACAACACCAAUCUUGAGCUUUCAGUGCCAGUCGCGGCGAGCACUGAUAACAAAUGCCACCAGACGUUCACAACCCUCCUCCACGAUCCCUCAUCUACCGUCUCCACCCAGUCUUUCUUCAAACCCUCUACGCAUAGCACCCAGCGCCUCCACCGCACGCGACAAAGCCUCGGCUCGCACCGUCACGAUCUACUCGUUGCUUUACGCGUCGUCAAUCGCAUUGAGAAGGAAGUGGUGGAAGCGGAAUACGAGAACUGGCUACUGGAUGAGACACAUAAAUGUAGCAAGGUUGGAAAGCUCCUAGAAAGCGCAGCCAAGAAGGGCAAAGAGAAGCAGGUAGAGGACUGGGUCAGAGGGUACUGCGGGGACUGUCAAAAGAGUUUGCAGGUGGUUGAGGAGAGCCGGAAGGGUCUGAUAUGA